UAAAGCCCGGAGUCGCGCCUUCCAACGUUUACAGUGGAAUAUUCCGAACGAGCUUUGGAGCUCACUUCUUCUCCUCCUCCGACGACAUCCCACGGCAGCGUCGUCGGAACCGGAAACCCUGAGUUUCCUCUCUCUGACUGAGCUCCGGCGAUGGCUUUCAUGGCAGUUCUGGAGUCGGAUCUCCGCGCCCUCUCCGCUGAAGCUCGCCGGCGGUACCCUGCAGUCAAGGACGGCGCCGAGCACGCCAUCUUAAAGCUACGUUCACUGUCAUCGCCUAGUGAAAUUGCUCAUAAUGAGGACAUACUGAGGAUCUUUUUGAUGGCCUGCGAGGUCAGGACAGUCAAGUUGAGUGUUAUUGGACUUUCAUGCCUGCAAAAGCUUAUAUCUCAUGAUGCCGUUGCUCCAUCCGCUUUAAAGGCAAUACUUUCUACUCUAAAAGAACAUGCUGAGAUAAGUGAUGAGAGCGUUCAGCUAAAGACCUUACAAACCAUAUUAAUCAUACUUCAAUCACACUUGCAUCCUGAAAGUGAGGAGAAUAUGGCUCAAGCUCUAGGCAUCUGUCUCAGGUUUUUAGAGAACAGUCGGUCCUCUGAUAGUGUAAGAAAUACAGCUGCAGCUACAUUUAGGCAAGCAGUAGCAUUGAUUUUUGAUCGAGUGGUUUCGGCUGAAUCUCUUCCUGCAAUUAAGUUUGUUUCUGGGGGCCAAAUAGUUCGUACUAGUUCAGUAACUGGCGAUGUCAGCCGCAGCAUAAAUCUUUCAGAAUCCUUCGAGCAGGAAUUCGGUAAUGGAGGGCCAUUGUCGACGAGAGAAACUUUAGGUCAAACAGGAAAGCUUGGGCUUCGCCUGCUUGAAGACCUGACAGCGCUUGCUGCAGGUGGAUCUGCAACGUGGUUACAUGUCAUCUCUCUCCAACGGAUAUUUGUGCUUGAGAUACUAGAAUUUAUUCUAUCAAACUAUCUGGCUGUUUUCAGAAUCCUGGUGCCUUAUGAACAGGUUUUACGACACCAGAUAUGUUCACUUCUCAUGACCUCACUUCGCACUAAUAUAGAGCAUGAGGGAGAAGCAGGGGAGCCACCUUUUCGUCGCCUGGUUUUGCGGUCAGUUGCUCAUAUCAUCAGGCUUUACAGUUCAUCUCUUAUCACUGAGUGUGAGGUUUUUCUCAGCAUGCUGUUGAAGGUUACAUUUCUUGACUUACCAUUAUGGCACCGUAUUCUUGUCCUUGAGAUUUUGAGGGGAUUUUGUGUUGAGGCCCGGACAUUGAAAAUCCUUUUCCAGAAUUUUGAUAUGAAUCCCAAGAACACGAAUGUUGUCGAGGGUUUGGUCAAAACUCUAGCUCGUGUGGUGUCAAGCAUACAGGGGCAAGAGACAAGUGACGAGAGCCUGGCUGCUGUUGCAGGGAUGUUCAGCAGCAAAGCCAAAGGGAUUGAGUGGAGCCUUGAUAAUGAUGCAUCCAAUGCUGCCGUAUUGGUUGCGAGUGAAGCCCAUGCAAUAACUUUGGCUGUUGAGGGUCUGUUAGGAGUUGUAUUUACUGUGGCUACAUUGACAGAUGAAGCGGUGGACGUGGGAGAGUUGGAAUCCCCCCGAUGUGAAUACGACCAAGCAGCAAAAUGUACUGGGAAAACAGCCAUUCUCUGCGUAUCAAUGGUUGAUUCUUUGUGGUUAACAAUACUUGAUGCUUUAUCUCUUAUCUUGACAAGAUCGCAGGGGGAGGCCAUUGUCUUGGAAAUUUUAAAAGGAUACCAGGCUUUUACUCAGGCAUGUGGUGUUCUCCGUGCUGUGGAGCCUUUAAACUCCUUUCUUGCUUCGCUCUGCAAAUUUACUAUCAACUUUCCAUUUGAAUCAGAGAGGAGGAGCAGCGCUUUACAAUCUCCAAGUUCCAAACGUUCGGAAGCCUUGGUAGAUCAGAAAGAUAAUGUGGUCCUUACUCCCAAGAAUGUUCAGGCCCUAAGGACUCUCUUCAACAUAGCUCAUAGAUUGCACAAUGUACUUGGACCAUCUUGGGUUUUGGUUCUGGAGACUUUAGCAGCUCUUGAUCGAGCAAUACAUUCUCCGCAUGCUACCACGCAGGAGGUUCCUACAGCUGUACCAAAGCUUGCUAGACAAUCAUCUAGCCAGUACACUGAUUUCAACAUACUCUCUUCUUUAAAUUCACAGCUUUUUGAGAGCUCAGCUCUUAUGCAUAUAUCUGCAGUGAGAUCACUGCUCACUGCACUUCGUCAAUUGUCACAUCAGUGCAUUGCUGGAGCCUCUAUUGUUGGACCAGCAUCAAGCCAAAAGUUGGGAACAAUCAAUUUUUCUGUGGAGAGAAUGAUAUCCAUCUUGGUGAAUAAUCUUCAUAGAGUGGAACCAUUAUGGGAUCAAGUCAUUAGUCAUUUUCUUGAGCUUGUUGAUAGUUCGAAUCAACAGCUAAGGAAUAUGGCACUUGAUGCAUUAGAUCAAUCCAUAUGUGCUGUUUUAGGUUCUGAUCAGUUUCAGGAAUCCUUACCAUCAAUGGAUGAUACAUCUCAUGGGUUGCGAACAACACAUGUGGAGAUAGAAUCACUUGAAUGUUCCGUCAUAGCUCCACUGAGAGUCCUAUACUUUUCUAAUCAAAGCAACGAUGUACGUGCUGCAUCAUUGAAGAUCCUUCUGCAUGUUUUGGAGAGGCACGGAGACAAGUUGCGUUACAGUUGGCCAAAUAUUCUUGAACUGUUGAGAUCAGUAGCAGAUGCCACUGAGAAGGAUCUCGUCACUCUGGGAUUCCAGAGCCUUCGUGCGAUUAUGAAUGAUGGGCUCUCCGCCAUACCUUUAGGAUCCUUGAAUGUAUGCAUUGAUGUCACUGGAGCAUACAGUGCUCAGAAGACUGAGUUAAACAUCAGCUUGACAGCAAUUGGCCUUUUGUGGACAACAACUGACUUUAUUGCCAGAAGACUUCUUCAUAGACCUCAAGUGGAGGAGAGGAUAAUAGCAGCUGAAGCACAUAGUGGUCCAAAGCUAAAGAAUGGUUUAGAAAAGGAAGAUAAGGCUCAUAACAUGUCCAGUAAAGAAGAGAAUGAGCAAAACCCAUCAGCAGACGUCGGCGAUCAUGAAAAGUUGCUCUUCUCUGUCUUUUUACUGCUUCAAAAGCUUGGAUCUGAUGAGAGGCCAGAGGUGAGGAAUUCAGCUGUUAGGACACUUUUUCAAACACUUGUUGGUCAUGGGCAAAAAUUGUCAGAGACCAUGUGGGAAGAUUGUCUCUGGAACUAUGUCUUCCCAAUGUUGGAUCGCGCAUCUCAUAUGGCCGCAACUUCAUCAAAAGAUGAGUGGCGUGGCAAAGAACUUGGAACAAGAGAUGGAAAAGCAGUUCACAUGCUCAUACAUCACAGUCGCAACACAGCCCAGAAACAGUGGGAUGAGACUUUAGUAUUAGUCCUUGGUGGGAUAGCGCGUCUCUUGCGAUCGUUUUUCCCCUUCCUCCGUAGCUUAAAAGAUUUCUGGACAGGAUGGGAAUCUCUGCUCAUUGUUGUUAAAGAUAGCACUUUAAAUGGAAGUAAAGAGGUUGCUCUUGCUGCAAUAAAUUGUCUUCAGACUGCUGUUAUAUCUCACUCUCUCAAGGGCGACUUGCCAAUGCCUUAUCUUACUUCAGUACUUGAUGUCUAUGAGCAAGUUUUUCAAAAAUUGCCCAGCUAUAGUGGUAAUACCACUAUCAAGGCAAAGCGGGAGAUAUUACAUGGUCUUGGAGAAUUGUAUGUUCCAGCACAGAGAAUGUUUGACAAUAAGAUGUACAUGCAGUUAUUAGGAAUUGUGGAUUUGGCAGUGAAGCAAUCCAUAACAACAAAUGAAAACACAGAGGAUAUAGUUAGUCUCCCACCUGUUCAGCGUGCGGUGCUAGAAAUCCUGCCUCUCUUGCGACCAGCUGAACAGCUGUCUUCAAUGUGGCUUGUCUUGCUUCGGGAGCUUUUGCGCUAUUUCCCGAAAACCAAUAAUACAUUAAGAAAUGAGGAAGAAAAUGCUGAGAUAACCGACAGCAGCCACCAUCCUGAAGGAAAAUCAAAUCUGGGUGCUGGAUCUGACACAACAACUGGCACUCCAAGCCAACUUUUUACAGAAAAGCUGGUUGCCGUGCUGAUUGAUCUGGCUUUACAGGCUCCUGCUGUUGAGAAGCACAUAAUAUUACCUGAAGUUAUUCAGAGUCUUGGAAGGUGUAUGAUUAUGAGGAGAGAUGAUCCAGACGGUGUUCUCUGGAGAUCAGCGGUCGAGGGCUUCAACCGCAUCCUUAUUGACGAUGUCAGCAAGUCGGAGUCAAACAGUGAAACGGAUUCAAGCAUUAGAAGACCUGCACGGAUACGUUUCUGGAAAGAAGUUGCAGAUGUGUAUGAAAUAUUCCUCAUUGGUUACUGUGGUCGUGCUCUUUCUUCAAAUUAUCUCCCUGCUGGGACCCUUAGUGCUGAUGAGACACUUGAGAUGACGAUUCUAGAUGUUCUGGGCGACAAGGUUCUAAAGUCAUCAAUUGAUGCACCACCUGAUAUUUUGCAACGACUUAUAUCAACCUUGGAUCGCUGUGCAUCACGGACAAGCUCUUUGCCAAUUGAGACUGUUGAGCUCAUGCCUUCAUACUGUAGCAGAUUCUCCUUGACUUGCCUGCAGAAAUUGCUUUCCUUGACCAGCAAUGAGGAUGAAGCCCACAGUUGGAACUCAAGAAGGUCCGAAGUCAGCAAAUUCACGAUCAUGAUUCUGAUGUCCAGAUGCGACUACAUUUUGAAUAGAUUUCUCACUGAUGAAAAUGACUUAGGUGAACGCCCACUACCAACAGCUAGGCUAGAAGAAGGUAUUUUUGUUCUCAAGGAAUUGGCACGCCUCACAAUCAAUGCAGUGACAGCAUCAGUUCUUCCUCUACAUCCAAACCUAAAAAGUGGCCUGGCUGAGGAUGAGAGCCAUAACAUGCGCCCACAUCUUCUUGUUCUAUAUCCCUCACUUUGCGAACUUGUUGUAUCGAGGGAAUCGAGAGUGAGGGAGCUGGUUCAGGUGCUGCUGAGACUUGUGGCUAAGGAACUCGCGCUCGAGAAAGUUCACCAAGCAACCUGAACUUGUGCAAAAAUCCACCAGCAGGCCAAGUAAAUAAGUUUUGAGGUUUUUUAAAACUCUUAGAGGAUCUCUUGUUUGUUAUCUUAGUGAUACUCGGAUUUUUGAGUGUGAAUUUUGUGUACUAUAGGAGGAUGAUCUAAUUCUUUUUAUACAUCAUAUAUAUGUAUCUGCUGCACUUGGGCUUGUAGUUAUUCAGUAUGUACACAUUUAAUUUAAUUUUUUUAAAAAUAUCUCAAGUGCCUACGCAAUACAAUUUGGGUCUUGUUGAU